AUGAGGUAUUCCAUCGCUGCGAAGUGGAAAUUUAUCGUCUGUGGAUUAAUUUUGGCAGCAUCCUUCAUUACCGGUUCCGGUACGAGUAGAAUUUUCGAUAUUGAAAACAUACCCGUGGUCAAGUACGUGGCGGUAGCGGGCAAAAACAUUACCCUCGACUGUCCGGGCGUUAACGAGCGUUCGCUGGUGGAGACGCUGGUUUGGCGUACGUCCCAUACCAUUGCCGAGUACGUCAACGGUUUGCCAUUGGUCAGCAAUCAGCGGCUCACACUGGUGGUUGAUAAUUUUAGUUUAGUUCUCAGCCCUGCCGCGGCGUCAGAUACGGCCGAGUACAGCUGCCUGCUGAACGACCGGCACAGUCCGGACGCCAUCGUUGACUUGCUGGUACAAGAUGUACCUGACCCGCCCGGACGUCCGCUGGUCGUAAGCUUCACGUCACGUUCGGUCGAUUUAUCCUGGGCCCACUCGCAGGACCCCCGAAAUGCACCGGUUACAAAUUUCAUCAUCGAAACACGAAUUGGCGAAAAUGGUGACUGGGAGCAGGAACCACCGAUACACACCAAGGGAAGCCAGGCCGCCCACCAGGUGACAGGACUGCAGCCCUUCACGGUUUACAGCUUCCGGGUCAUCGCCGUCAACAAGCUUGGCCACAGCCAACCGUCAAAAGAAUCGUACUACUUCGUCACAUUGCGCGAAGCUCCGACGGGAAAACCGGUAACAACAAUCGCACACAACACGUCCGCCACCUCUGUAUAUAUCUCCUGGAAGGCACCGCCACCGGAAUCGAUACUCGGCGAGUUUCUCGGCUACCGGAUAACGUACCGGCCCCGGGACUACCACACGGACGACGUCAAGGAGAUCUACAUUCGCGAUAGUGCCGUCGAGAACCACGAAAUUCAUAACCUCGAAACGUACACGCAGUAUCUGGUCUCGAUACAAGUGUUCAACCCGGAAGGAUUAGGACCGCCGACGACCGUUCUGGUUAUGACAGAUGAAGGAGAACCAAGCCCACCCCAGAAUCUGACCGUGCUGGAGGUAACAUCCACCACCAUCAAGCUAACAUGGCGCGAACCGGAAAAAGCGAACGGAGCAAUCCAUGGAUACCGGGUGUACUACAUCCAUCAGAACCAAACCGAUCUCCACAUGCCGAUCCUGAAGCUAAACGAAAUGCAAAACUCCGUCUACCACUACACGCUUUCGAAUUUAAAACCCUUCGCCGAAUAUCGCAUCCUAGUGACGGCAUUUACAAAGAAACACGACGGCAAACCGUCCGAGGUGACGCAGCGUACCGAUGUCAGUGGUCCGAGCGCACCGAAAGUGGUCAACCUGACGUGCCACUCGCACAACGCACUGUACUACGGUUGGCGCAUACCGCAAACCUUCUACAACACGAUCGAUCUGUACAUAAUCAGCUAUCGGAACGUUGCGUACCACGAGUUUCGCGAGAUUCGCAUCACGGUGAAUGCUUCCAUCAUGGAAACUUCGCUGAUCAUUCCAAAUCUUACGAGCAAUGCGGUGUACGAGGUGAAAGUGCGUGCGGCAUCGGCAAGCGUUAUCAAUCCCAAACAAAUCAUUCUCGGAUCGUAUUCCGAACCGCGCAAGAUUUCUCUCCAACCGAACUGUGAAAAGGCUCCGCUAAAAUCGCAGAGACAGGCAUACGAUGAUUACGACUUGGCCGUACUGGCCGGCAUUGUGUUUAGUUUUUCUGCACUGCUGCUGAUCGUGUUGGGGCUCAUCCUCUGGAAGAAGUGCUUCCAUGCCGCCUAUUACUAUCUCGACGAUCCACAGCCCUGUCAGGGCGCGCAGGCGGGUCUCAUAGACUGGGAGGGACCGAGUGAGGUGGGAGGUGAAGUACGCUGCCCUGUUCCAGUGGCAGACUUUGCCAAACAUGUUGCCCAACUGCAUGCGGACGGUGACAUCGGUUUCAGCAAGGAGUACGAAGCGAUUCAGGGUGAGGCGCUGAACGAUGAGUACCCAUCAGAAAACUCUCAGCAUCCGGAAAACAAGGGCAAGAAUCGAUACUUGAAUGUGAUUGCCUACGACCAUAGCCGGGUGCAUCUGCGACAAGUGCCGGGUCAGAAGAAACAUCUUGACUACAUUAAUGCGAACUUCAUCGAUGGUUACCAGAAACCGCGCGCAUUCAUCGGCACGCAGGGUCCGCUGCCUGGCACAUUCGAUUGCUUUUGGCGUAUGGUGUGGGAGCAGCGCGUCGCUGUAAUCGUAAUGAUAACGAACCUCGUUGAACGAGGCCGCCGGAAAUGUGAUAUGUACUGGCCGAAGGAUGGCACCGAAACGUACGGCAUUAUACAGGUACGGUUGGUGAAGGAGGACGUGAUGGCGACGUACACCGUGCGAACGCUUCACAUCAAGCAUCUGAAGAUGAAGAAGAAAAAACAAUCGCAAAUGGAAAAAACCGUUUACCAGUACCACUAUACGAACUGGCCCGAUCAUGGUACACCCGACCAUCCGUUGCCGGUGAUCAACUUUGUGAAAAAGUCCACCACCGCUAACCCGUCCGAUGGUGGUCCGAUUGUGGUGCACUGUUCGGCUGGCGUUGGCCGAACCGGCACGUUCAUCGUGCUGGAUGCAAUGUUGAAACAGAUCGAAGCGAAGGGUUCACUAAAUGUGUUCGGUUUUUUGCGAUACAUUCGCGCGCAACGGAACUAUCUGGUGCAGACCGAGGAACAGUACAUUUUCAUACACGACGCACUGGUGGAGGCGAUCGCAAGCGGAGAGACUAACAUUAAGAUGGAUGCGAUUGGAGGAUUGGUAAACCAUCUGGAUUACAUCGAUGCACAGUACAAGCUUAUCGUGAGUUAUCAACCAAAGGAAAUCAAUUUGACCUCCUCGUUGAAGCCGGUAAAUGCAAUCAAAAAUCGCAGUUCGUUGGUACCGCUGGAGGGUAGCCGGGUGCAUCUCACACCGAAGCCGGGCGUUGAAGGAAGCGACUACAUCAACGCAACGUGGCUGCAUGGAUUCCGCCGGCUGCGAGACUUUAUCGUCACCCAGCAUCCAUUGAUCGAAACUUUUAAAGACUUUUGGCAGAUGGUAUGGGAUCAUAACGCUCAAACUGUGGUGCUUCUGUCGUCGGUAGAUAAUAUGUCUUUCUUGCAAUUUUGGCCUAACGAGUCGGAACCGAUUGAGAGUGACUAUUAUCGCAUUCGGAUGGUGUCGGAAACGUCGGAGGACAAUUACAUCGUGCGAAACUUUGUCAUCCAGUCGAUACAGGAUGACUAUGAGCUGAGCGUUAAGAUGCUGGAAAAUCCGGCCUGGCCCGAUAUGAACAAUACUCGUUCGAUAUUCGAUUUUGCCGUGCGCGUCCACGAACGCUGCAGCGAGUACAGGAAUGGUCCGAUCGUAGUUGUUGACAGAUACGGCGGAUUCCAGGCAUGCCAGUUUUGCGCCAUAAGCUCCCUAGCAAUGCAGCUGGAGUACGAUCAGACCGCCAACAUCUAUACCUACGCCAAACUGUACCACAACAAGCGGCCAGGCAUCUGGACGUCGUACGAUGACAUCCGGCAGAUAUAUCGGAUACUUUCCUACAUGCCGAAAGAUCUCGGUCUGCUCAAGUGCACGGAGCUGCGCACGGAAUUCGACGAUGCCGCUAUGAUGACGGCAACACCGGAUCUGUACAGCAAGAUCUGUAGCAAUGGCAGCAUUAACAAUCAGCUAACGGGCGGUACACCGGACGGUGUAGGCAACGGUACGGCAACGACAACUACAACGACCACAUCGAUUAAUCCACCGCCGGCGGGUAUGACGAUUCCGGGGUUGGUAGCAGGCACCCCAAAUACCGUAUGCCCACCGAUGGUUGCAGUGGGUCCGGGUGGAACGACACCACCGCCACCAACCCUCCAGAACGGUGGUACGGUCAUCGUGAAGAUGAACGGCGACGACAACGAUGAGCUGUCGGUGGUGGUGGCUACCGGCAACCAUCAUCUGAACCUGGACCACAAUCAGGCGUAA